AUGGCCCUCCUAGCGGCCCAACAAGUCGCAGGCGGCAUCUUCCCUUUCGAAUCCGUCCAGCUCAGCGAGUCGGAUACAGCGAACUUCCCUGCCGUUCGAUUUGGGGACAUCAAAGCCGGCCCACCUCCUGACAAGAGGACGGUCCCACGAUGCCGUGCCUGGCCCGGCAGCCACGACUGGCCCAGCAUCGCCGAGUGGAAGCAGCUGAACGCUUCACUCGGAGGUGCACUUCUCAGGCCUCUUCCCGCGGCAUCAGCCUGCUACCAGGGGGAGACUUACAAUGAGACGACCUGCCAGUGGCUUGUGACCCAAGCGGGGCGGACGCACUUUUGGAUCGAGGAGCCGCUGUCCACGCUCACGCAAUGGCCGCAGGGCAGCACCUGCACGCUGGCUCUGAAUGCGACAGGCACGUGCACCCGCGGUGGGUUCCCGGAGUACGUGGUGAAUGCGACCAUGGUCAGGCACAUACAGGCGGCGGUCAACUUUGCGAGGAACAGGAACGUCCGCCUGGUGAUUAAGAACACCGGACACGACUUUGGUGGCCGGUCUAUGGGGGCGGGCUCGCUCAGCAUCUGGGUGCACAAUCUCAAGAGCUUCGAGUUCAUCCCAGAGUACAGCGUAGGACGGUACUCCGGCAUGGCGGUGCGGGUCGGUGCCGGGGUGGAGAGUUGGGAGCUGUUCAACCACAUGGCAGAAGACAACAUCACCGUCGUUGCGCCGGGAGGGGGCACUGUCGGGUCGGUAGGCGGGUGGCUUGCAGUGGCCGGGCACGGGUCGCUGACAUCAAAGUACGGCCUCGGGGCGGACCAGGUGCUCUCCAUCAACGUUGUCACAGCCGAUGGCCGGUUCCGGACUGUUGAUCCGUACCACCACGAAGACCUGUGGUGGGCGCUCAGGGGCGGCGGGCCAAGUACAUUCGGCGUCAUUACAUCGGUCGUUCUCAAGGCCUACCCACCCAUCAACAUCACCACGGCAUCCCUCAGCUUCUCCGUCAACCCGUCGCUCGCCAACGGCACCAUCCUCCCCGGCAUCCCACCGCCUCGCCCCAAUUCCCCCUCCACCACGGACCUCUCCUCCUUCUGGCGCGGGGUCUCCCUCUCCUACCACCACUGCACCCACAUCAUCGCCGCGGGCGGCUACUGCUUCAGCUACAUCUAUCCGCUGGGCCCGUCCUCCUUCGCCUACAGCACGUCCCACAUCAUCCCCAACAUCACCGCCCCAGCCUUCACCGACCUCCUCGAGCCCCUCUACACCCAGCUCAACGCCCUCUCCAUCCCAGUCACCCUGCCCCCACCAUCCUCUCUAGUCCCAACCCUGUACGCAGGCAACGGGCGCCGCACCGGCAACGGCGACGCACCGAUCAACACGCGCUACCGCUCGCGCCUGUUCCCGGCCUCCUUCUGGCACUUUCCCCCCUCGCAAUUCGACACGCUCCUAUUCGCCGCCAUCCGCGCGGGCGUCGAGGAAGGCGGGUAUACCUUCCACGGCAUCGCCUACUCCCCGACUCUGGAGGUUGCGGGAUGGCCCGGGGCCGACAGCGCGGUCAACCCGGCCUGGCGGCGCACGGCGCUGCACGGGAGUCUGAUGGAGAUCCAGCCCGAGGGGAUCAGUGCGGCGGAAGCGAGGAGGAGGGAUGCGAGGGCGCAUGAGUUUGUGGGGAGGUGGAAGGAGAUUACCCCAGGCGCCGGGGCGUAUAUGAAUGAGGGUGAUCCGGCCGAGACGGGGUGGCAGGAGAGCUUUUAUGGCGGGGCGGCGCAUUAUGCGAGGUUGGUGGAGGUUAAGACGCGGUGGGAUCCGUGGGGGGUGUUUUGGGCCAGGACGACGGUGGGGAGUGAGGCGUGGGAGGUGGUUACCGGGGAUGGAUAUCCCGCGGGGCAGAAUGGGCGGUUGUGUCGCGCGUUGGGGUGA